UAUGACUCAGGACUAGAAGUGCUGCAAAGGAGAUUAAAAACAGAUUUAUCAAAAAUAUCAAUAGAUAGAGAUCUGCUUCUGUUUGCACAAUUUGAGAAGGAAACUGCUUCAUUUUUUGUUUUGUUGAAGAAUGGCUUUGACAGCUUUUCAAAUACCAGCAUUGCUUCUUGUUUUUCUGAGUUUUAUAUUUUUACUUACUACUACUGCAUCCAGCAAUUGGAGAAUAUCAAGUAUAGUCAAUACUACAAAUUGGAAGUAUGAAGGUCUGUGGAUGAAUUGUGAAGCUACUUCAUUGGGUUUCAUUCAGUGCAAUACAUUAUACACCCUGUUAAGUUCAGACACUUUUAUUCAAAUAUGUCGAGCCCUGAUGAUUACAUCCCUGGUGUUGGGGAUGUGCGGAACUCUGCUGGCAUUACUCAGUUUGAAAUGCCCUCAGCUUGCUUUCAGUGAUGAAAAAACAAAAGGAAGGAUUUCCAUGAUGAGUGGAAUGGUAUUUGCUUUGGCAGGUCUUUCAUCAAUGGUUGCUCUCUCGUGGUAUGCAGUAAAUAUCAUAACUGAGAUUUUUGAUCCUUUCUAUGCUGGAACAAAAUAUGAAAUGGGAUAUGCACUGUAUCUAGGUUGGACUGGUUCCCUUCUUUCCAUAGUUGGUGGGAUCCUGUUGACAUGUUCAUCAUGCAAAUGAAAUCAAAGGUAUUUAAGAGAACAUGGAUAUCGUUAUGCAGCUUUCAAGAACAGUUAAUGAGCCACAAAUUUACAUCAAACAGGUGAAGACAGUCACACCUGCCAAAGAUUAUGCUUAACUAAUAUUUUAGUUAAAAUGUAAUUACAUUUGCUAAGCCAUUUCAAACAAUGCUAUGCAAACUUUUCAAAAGGAGCACUUUGCAAAGUAUGCUAAUGCGUACAACCCAUAUCUCCUUCAAGUGUUAAAGCAUCCAUUGCAUCUUCUGGAAGGCUUGCAAUAGCUAUUGAAAAACCUUCGCGGUUCCCUGUAACUCUGUAUGUGCACAUUCAACACAGAAAAAACCAGAAAUAGCUCCUGAGGCAGCUGCAAAGCAUUCUAAAUAAUGAAGUGCUUUAAUAUUUCAUGGAGGCGGGGCUUCACUUACGCUUACAGAGUUUGUGAAGCAUCUUUGUCUAAUGCUUUGGCAAAGCCCCAACACAUCUUUUCCUCUGUAACACCUACCUUAGUGUGCUCUCCCAUUUGUGUCUAUUCACAGCACUAUGCCCUAGCAAUAGCUGGUGUUGCCAUCAUCUUAUUGUCAAUCAAAAAGUUUAAAUUGUCCUUAGCUGUAUUGGUGUUAAUGUUGUGUUUUCCUCCUAUUCUUACACUAAGAACAUACUCAAAAUGUGAAAAAGAAAAUCUGUUGGGAUUUGUAAGCCACACUGAUGAGCUUGGGGGAAGGCUCAGGAAGGGAUUUGCAUGUGAGUCAGAAAACAGAAGUUUUCUGCCCACUCAAGAUAGAUGAAUGGCUUUUCAGCUCAACAGUGGGGAAAGGCCCUUAAGCAGUUUAUCAUUUUAGUGCUGAAUAUUAGAACAAACAUUAUGGUAUAUUAAAAAA